UCAGCUGACCGCGGGCCUGCGGGAAGCUCCGGGCCCCGGGCCGCGCCGCGCGAUGAGGUUCCGCUUCUGUGGUGAUCUGGACUGUCCCGACUGGGUCCUGGCAGAGAUCAGCACGCUGGCUAAGAUUUCCUCCGUGAAGCUCCGCCUGCUGUGUGGCCAGGUGCUGAGGGAGCUCCUGGGGCAGGGGAUCGACUAUGUGAAGAUCCUGAAGCUCACCGCGGACACCAAGUUUGAGUCGGGUGAUGUCAAAGCCAUGGUGGCCGUGCUGAGUUUCAUCCUCUCCAGCGCGGCCAAGCACAACGUGGACAGCGAGUCCUUGUCCAGUGAACUGCAGCAGCUGGGGCUGCCCAAAGAGCACGCAGCCAGCCUGUGCCGCUGCUACGAGGAGAAGCAGAGCGCCCUGCAGGAGCACCUUCGGGCCUGCAGCCUUCGAGUGAACAGGCUGGCAGGCGUGUGCUGGCGGGUGGACUACACGCUGAGCUCCAGCCUGCUGCGGUCUGUGGAAGAGCCCGUGGUGCACCUGCAGCUGCACGUGGCGUCUGCCCCCGGGGCCGAGGCGCAGCCUGUCACCAUGUCCCUGUCAGCAGACAAGUUCCAAGUUCUCCUGGCAGAACUGAAGAUGGGCCAGACACUGUUGAGUUCCUUGAGCUGAUGAUGAUGAGAAGUGUCCAGGACUACUGGGUCCAUGUAGAGCCGCUCUGGCCGUGUGAAGUGCCCCCCACCCCCAGGCUCCUCUGUGGGGAGCGGCCCCAGGCCCAGGCCUCCUGAGCCCCUGGCUUUGGGGGCCCCCAAGAGCUCAGCACUGGGAUCUCACGGCCUUCUCAGCAUCGCCCUCCCUCCGCGUCAGAGGGGCUUGUGGGCAUUUUCACAAGUCGGAAGAAUAAACAGACGUGUGAAGGA